GAGGCCUUUUAGAGAAUGCUCCUGUCUUUGGCUGAUUUGAAAAACAUCUAUGCAAAGAAAAGAUUAAUUUAUAACCAUCAUUUAACUUACUUUAAAGGAAUACUGGGAUCAAUACAAGUUAAAGGGAUAGUUCACACAAAAAUGAAAAUUCUCUCAUCAUUUACUCACCCUUAUGCCAUCCCAGAUGUAUAUGACUUUCUUUCAUCUGCUGAGCUCAAAUGAAGAAUUUUAGAAUAAUUUCUUUGCUCUGUAGGUCCAUACUAUGCGAGUGAAUGGCUGCCAAAAGUUUGAAGCUCUAAAAAUCAUAAAAUUCAGCAUAAGAGUAAUCCAUAAAACUCCAGUGGUUAAAUCAACAUCUUCAAAAGUGAUAAUGAUAGGUGUGGGUGAGAAACAGAUCACUAUUUAAGUACACUAUUUUUUUUUUUUUUUUUUAUUUAAAUAUAAUUUCUCCUCCCUGCUCAGUCAACCUCCACUUAAACGUUCACAUUCUUGUGUUUUUGGGGAUUCACAUUAUUCAUGCAUAUCGCCACCUACUGGGUAGGGAGAAGUAUUUCUAGCAAAAAGACUUAAAUAUUGAUCUGUUUCUCACACUUAUAUCACUUCUGUAGAUAUGGAUUACUUUUAUGCUGCCUUUAUGUGCUUUUUGGAGCAUGAAAAUUUUGGCACCCAUUCACUCGCAUAAUAUGGACCUACAAAGGUGAAAUAUUCUUCUAAAAAUCAUAAUUUGUGUUCUGCAGAAGAACGAAAGUCAUAUAUAUCUGGGAUGGCAUGAGGGUGACUAAAUGAUGAGAGUUUUUGAUAAGAAAUAUCCCUUUAAGCUCAAUCGACAACAUUCGUGGCAUAAUGUUGAUUACAAAAAAAAAAAAAAAAAAAAAAACUGGACUUGUCCCUCUUAAAAAAAAAAAAAAAAGGCAAACAUUUAAGUUACAGAGAUGCACUUACAAUAUAAGUGAAUGGGGACAAUUUUUGGAGGGUUUAAAGCAGAAAUGCUAUGCUUAUUUUAUAAAGCACAAACAUUAAUUUGUCUGUUAUUUAAAACUUGUCAAUUAUUUAAGCUGUAAAGUUUAAAUAGUUUUUACGGUUGUUUUAGGGUUUACUGUGUACUGUUAUGUCAUCAUUGAAAUUAAGUUAUAAAAUUGCAUAUACUGUAACUUUACACAGAAAAGGUUAGGAAGCAAUUUUAUCACUCAUAUUGUUUACAUCUUGUGGCUAUACUUUUGAAACCGUAAAAACAUUUUUAACAAUUAAAAAGUAUUUUAAUGACAAAUUGGCCCCAUUUACUUCCAUUGAAAGUGCCUCACAUUACCUAGAUUAAAAAAAAAAAAAAAAAAAUUGAAAGUAAAGCAAGGACAAGUCGUAACACAUUUUUGUGGUAAUCAACAUUUUUCUUCAAAUGCUGUCAAUUAAGUUUAACUUGUAUUGAACCUGGAAUAUAUCUUUAAAUGCAAUUACUGGUGUCUAUUGUUUUCCCCAGUGUGUUGUAUGAGACAGAAUAUCGGAAACUGAUUAAACAGGUAGAUGCCCGUGGUCACGCAGGUCACGACAGCAUCCCUCCCUCACAUGAGCCAGAUGCUGUAGUCGGUCUCACUUGCUAUCUCUCCUAGUCUCUAAAAUACACAUUUCCAAUUGUAGAGAACAUUGUUGUUUUUCAUUAGGAUUUCAGUGAAACUUACAUUUCUCUAGCCUGAGAGAACAGUGCAGCAUUAUGCAACUGACUGUUUUUUAUUUAUUUUUUAUUUAUUUAUUUGUAUUAAGUUUUUGUGUAAAAGUAAGGCUUUUGUCUCAUGAGCUGAGAGAGAAUACGUGACCUGAGAAAUGACAAAGAGUGAAACAUAUUGACGCAUAUGUCGCCUGGUUUAUCAUUUCGAGUCACUUUGUCCCAGAGACAAGGCAUUUAGCAUGUUAUGCACAAAAGUAAAAAGGAAAGCAUAUAUAAAUUAUAAUAUCUCUAGACAGUGUUUUGUUGUGGAAACAUAAUAAUUAUAUCGUUAUAAAGCUUAAACGUUCCUACUAUUAAGUCCAUAAAACUCAAAAUAAUAAAGCAGGUCACAGCUACUUUCAUAUACAUCACUCUUUCAAUGUUAUCUCUGUGAUGCACAUCAGUUCCGCUGAUCAGCAUGAUGUUCUCUCGGAGUCAGUGAGCAUGACUGUCCAUUUCUUUAUAAAUGAGACUGAAGAUAAUACCGCUUAACGCGUUCAUUUUGCUGCCGGUGUCAGAUUUCCUUUGAAAAGUUAAGCAUUCCUAGUUCCUGCCAUUAGCUGUGAGAUCCCGUGCCUGCUGGAUUCCCUCCUCCGGCCCCCCUCGAGCCCACAUGCUUGAUUUUCGCUUCCUGUCCAGCAGCACCAGAUGGAGCAGAUCAAUGCGCACAUUCCUGGCUCAUUGUAACUGUAGCGGCAUGUGAUUUCUGCCCGUAAUAUCCCAGCGCUGGAAACAGCAAAAUGCAGUGAAUAUGGAGCCACUUGGAAAUACGGAGCUUUACGCACCAUUUGCUUUGCAAUGACUUUUCAAACUAUUUAUACGGGGUGAAACCGCAGCGGUCUCGGCUGUUUUUUGAGGCAACUACAGAGCCAUGAGGUCCUCAUCCUCGCGGUUAUCGAGUUAUUCCUCCAGGGAUUCCUUAUGGAGCCGGAUGCCGGAUCAGAUCUCUGUGUCCGAGUUUCUCUCAGAGACGACGGAGGAUUACAAUUCCCCCACGACAUCAAGCUUCACCACCCGUUUGCAGAGCUGUCGGAACACGGUCAAUGUUCUGGAGGAGGAUGACAUUUGCAGGACAGUGUACAGUUGGAAGGAUGACGGUCAAACUGGAGGACAACAGAAAAAAGCUUUGGAUCAGGACCGAACAGCUUUACAAAAGGUCAAGAAAUCUGUCAAAGCAAUCUACAACUCGGGUCAAGAGCAUGUGCAGAAUGAAGAAAAUUAUGGGCAGGCAUUGGACAAGUUUGGCAGCAACUUUAUCAGCCGAGAUAACUCUGAUUUGGGAACAGCAUUCAUCAAGUUCUCAAGCCUCAUCAAGGAGUUGGCCGCUCUACUCAAGAACCUGCUUCAGAGUCUCAGCCACAAUGUCAUCUUCACCCUGGACUCUCUGCUCAAAGGAGAUCUAAAGGGAGUGAAGGGGGAUCUUAAAAAGCCUUUUGACAAGGCCUGGAAAGACUACGAGACCAAGUUCACAAAGAUUGAGAAGGAGAAGAGGGAACAUGCCAAGCAGCACGGAAUGAUCCGUACGGAGAUCACCGGCGCAGAGAUUGCAGAGGAGAUGGAGAAAGAACGACGAAUCUUUCAGCUGCAGAUGUGUGAGUACCUGAUCAAAGUGAACGAGAUAAAGACCAAGAAGGGAGUGGACCUCCUCCAGAAUCUCAUCAAAUAUUAUCAUGCACAGUGCAAUUUUUUCCAGGAUGGCUUGAAAACCGCUGAUAAGUUGAAGCAGUAUAUCGAGAAGUUAGCUGCUGAUCUCUAUAAUAUAAAACAGACCCAAGACGAGGAGAAAAAACAGCUGACUGCACUUAGAGAUCUCAUCAAGUCGUCUUUACAACUGGACCAGAAAGAGGAUUCUCAGAGCAAGCAGAGUGGCUAUAGUAUGCACCAGCUGCAGGGCAAUAAAGAGUUUGGCAGUGAGAAGAAGGGCUACCUCUUUAAGAAGAGUGAUGGGAUUCGUAAGGUGUGGCAGAGGAGGAAAUGCUCUGUGAAGAAUGGCAUCCUCACCAUCUCUCAUGCCACAUCCAACAGGCAACCAGUGAGACUGAAUCUGCUGACCUGCCAGGUUAAACCCAGCGGAGAGGAUAAGAAGUGCUUUGACCUGAUCUCCCAUAAUCGAACAUAUCAUUUCCAGGCAGAGGAUGAACAGGAGUUUGUGAUAUGGAUCUCAGUGCUGACUAACAGUAAGGAGGAGGCUCUGAACAUGGCAUUCCGCGGCGAGCAGAGUGCUGGAGAUGACAGUUUGGAAGACUUGACCAAAGUCAUCAUCGAAGACGUGUUACGCAUGCCUGGGAAUGAAGUCUGUUGUGACUGUAGUGCUCCAGAGCCUAAAUGGUUAUCCACUAACCUUGGCAUCCUGACAUGCAUCGAGUGUUCAGGGAUCCACAGGGAAAUGGGAGUCCAUAUUUCACGCAUCCAGUCCAUGGAACUCGACAAACUCGGCACCUCUGAACUCUUGCUGGCUAAGAAUGUGGGUAACAGUAGUUUUAAUGAAAUUUUGGAAGGGAAUCUGCCAAGUCCAUCACCAAAGCCAACACCAUCAAGUGACAUGACCGAGAGAAAGGAGUACAUAAAUGCAAAGUAUGUGGAGCACAGGUUUUCUCGCCGGACAGCCACUACAGCAACAGCCAGACAGGGUGACCUUUAUGAGGCCGUGAGGACUCGAGACCUGAUGGCCCUUAUUCAGCUCUACGCUGAUGGAGUGGAGCUUAUGGAUCCAUUUCCAGAAGCUGGACAGGACCCGGGAGAGACUGCACUGCACUUUGCUGUGCGGACGUCUGACCAGACCUCACUGCACCUGGUGGACUUCCUUGUCCAAAACAGUGGAACUCCAGACAGACAGACAGAUAGUGGAAACACUGCUCUGCAUUACUGCUGCACAUAUGAGAAGCCAGAGUGUCUCAAACUGCUGCUCAGGGGAAAGCCAUCUAUUGACCUAGUAAAUCAAAAUGGGGAGACAGCUUUGGACAUUGCCAGACGACUGAAAAAUGCACAGUGUGAAGAGCUACUGGUGGAGGCAGCAGCUGGGAGAUUUAAUCCUCAUGUCCAUGUGGAAUAUGAGUGGAAUCUGCGGCUGGAGGAGAUUGAUGAGAGUGACGAUGACCUAGAUGACAAGCCCAGUCCAGUGAAGAAGGAGCGCUCUCCGCGACCUCAGAGCUUCUGUCAUUCCUCUAGCGUCUCUCCUCAGGAGAAGCUGUCUCUACCAGGGUAUUUAGGACACAGGGACAAACAGAGACUCUCCUAUGGAGCCUUUGCCAACCCUGUUUACAGCACUUCCACCGAUACACCCGCAUCUCCUGUAUCGGAGGGCCCCACAAUAGCCAGCAAAACCAUAGCAAAAGCUCCACUCUCUGGACCACCCACCUCCCUGCCACUGGGAUCUCAGUCAAAUGUAGGAGGCAGCUCCACACUAUCUAAGAAGAGAGCACCUCCUCCACCACCCGGACACAAGCGCACCAUGUCAGAUCCCCCAAGUCCUGUGCUGCAGGGUCCCCAAAGCAAAGUAGGAAGUGAGUGCACACCUCCAUCUGCAAACUGGACAUCCCCUGCCAAUAAGUUUGAGGGAAUUCAGCAGCAGCAAAGCACUACUUCUAUGAACACAAAAGCAACAUUUGGCCCACGAGUUCUUCCCAAACUACCUCAAAAAGUGGCACUACGAAAGAUUGACACAAUCCACCUCCCCUCCAUGGACAAGUCCAGUCAGGGCCCUGAUGUGCUGCAGAAACCCCCACAGGCCCUGGACACCCCCCCCACUAGAGCUUUAGAUCCAAUAACUAGACCCACAGAGCCCCCGCCUAAAAUCCCACAACCCGCAGAACGGUCCCAGCCUCUUGAGGUGCCUCAGAAACCGCCUGUCUCAGACCUCCCACCUAAACCACAACUGUCGGAUCUUCCCCCAAAACCACAAUUAUCAGAUUUACCCCCAAAACCUCAGCUCUCUGACCUACCCCCGAAACCACAGCUUAAGGAUCUGCCCCCCAAGCCACAACUCUCUGACCUCCCAUCCAAGCCUUCAUUGUCUUCAGCAUCUGAGCCCACACAGAGGCAACCGACACAGGAGGAAGCAAGUCCAAAGCCCCAGCUGACAGAGGCACAGUCAUUCAGUCAGCAGGAGGAGCUGUCUCCCAGACAGGCCAGUGAGGACACGAAUGGUGCACCGGCAGGAGCUAUGGAGAUGCCAGUCCCUAUGCCACGCAAAAUCAACACAGUGGGAAAGAAUAAAGUCAAACGUGUGAAAACCAUCUAUGAUUGCCAAGCGGAUAAUGAUGAUGAGUUGACCUUCGUGGAGGGAGAAGUUAUAAUUGUCACAGGAGAGGAAGACCAGGAGUGGUGGAUCGGGCACAUAGAGGGGCAACCAGAGAGAAAAGGCGUCUUCCCAGUGUCCUUCGUGCACAAUCUGUCAGACUGACAGCAUACAGUAGUGUCAGGCAUGAGGCUCUCAAACUAACACAAACUCCAUGCUCUCUGCCCUCACACUGGACUGUGGAUAUUGCCACUGUAAAUAGCUGCUGAAACCCAAACAGAGUCUCCAGACAAAGAAAACAUGAAGUGUCAAACCCAUGCUCCCUAAAUACUCAAGGAUGAAAUGUGUAAACUCUGUGUUGUUCAUAAACUGUGUUUUCCUGCCUACCAGUAUUAUCGUAGCCAUGGCAACCCAGCAAGCCAAACUGGGUUUGCAGUAGCUAUACUUGGUAUCUAGCACUUAACAUGUAUGCUGUAACUUUGUGUAUGUGUACACAUAUAGAAUUACAUUUUGAGUGUGUAUUUGUAUAUACAUAUGCACAGAUGUAAGUGUAUAUUUAUGUACGUAUGUAUAAUGUACACGUGUGCAAAUGUUAACUCUGCUUGCUAAUGGAGCCAGAGUGACUCUAGACAUUUAAGUGUACUGUUUAAAACAAAUUAUCUCUUGAACUUUUGGAAGGAGUAAAUGAUGAUGAGAGCAAAAUACAAUGAAGUUACAUAAAUACUA